AUGGCACCGUCCUACGAUGGCACUGGUGUGCAAUAUUACGAAUUGAAAGACUUUACUUUCCAAACCGGCGACACUCUCUCAGCCGUGCGAGUGGCGUACCGGGAAUUCAACCCCACUGCCCAAAAGACGGCUCUCAUACCAACGUGCUUCCUCGGAAGAAUCAACAACACCCUCAACUUUACGCAGGGGGCGCUGAAAGACCAUCGCGUAAUCGUGGUGGCCACGCUUGGAAACGGUGAAUCUGCUGCUCCAUCCAACACCCCGAACUUCCCCGCAUCGAUCGAUUACCGGGACAGUGUCCGCGCUCAGCAUAAACUGGUGACGGAGCAUUUGCAGAUCCAGUCCCUGGAUGUGGUGCUGGGCUUUUCGAUGGGUGGGCAAACCGCCUAUCAUUGGGCCGCCAUGUUCCCGGAGUUGGUCAAGAAUGCUGUGAUCAUCUGCUCUGCAGCAAAAACAAGUCUGCACAACUACCAGUUCUUAGAAGGGCCCAAGGCCGCCAUUCAACACUCUAUAGAUUAUAACAGUGAUGAGUUCCUGAUCCAGCGCAAGCCUCCCAUUCGAGGCCUGCACGCGUUUGCCAUAGCAUACUCUGCGUGGCUGACGAGCGCCGAAUGGUUCGAGGAGCGACUAUUCGAGAAGCAGGGCUUCAAGACGCUCGCCGACUGGGCGGAUGCCGGUGCUCAGAGUUAUGAAGACUGGCAUCCCGAUGACCUGCUGGCGAUGCUGGGGAUGUGGCAACGAUCAGAUCUCGGGCUUGUGACUGGGACAGACAACCAGAGCCAAGCUCUGAGUGCGCUGAAGGCUCGUAUCUUGCUGAUGCCCGGUCGCACAGACCAGUACUUUAGAUGGGAAGCGAACGAAAGGGAGGUUGCGCAUCUGAAGAACGGGCGAGUAGAAGUCAUCCCCUCGGUCUGGGGGCAUCUUGCUGGAGGCGGGGCGAAUCAAGAAGACAACGAGUGGAUGGAUCGAAAGAUUUCGGAAUUCUUGAGUCAGGACUAA